AACCCUUUUUGUCCUUCGGACGUUGCUCACGUUAGUUGUUUUCCAAAACCAAGCAAGAUGAACCUAUCGCUCCCGUUCUGGAUGCUGAUCGCCUUGAUCGCCGGACUGUUUGUCACGGUAGCCGUUGGCGAAACGACGUGUUCGUCCUCGCAGCGCGUCCGGUGCAACAUCCACUGUCGCAGCUACAACAAGCUUGCCACGUGCAGCAACAGUGAGUGUGUGUGCGUCGAUAAGCCUACUAAAAGCCCUGCCUAAAGAGUGGGUUAGUGAGUUAGCAGUCCGAUGAAAAUAAAGUAAGAGCGUUCUAACAUUCUAU